AUGCUAGAACCAAGUGAGAGGCUAAGGAGCGCUAUAGUUGAAGGGAAUCUUUCCAUUACAAAACGAUUGUUAUUCAGGUUUCCUGAACUUUGGUUGAAUAUAGAUAACAAAAACGGUUGGAAUAAUCUACAUUAUAGUUCAUAUAAUGGUAAUUAUUUGAUUUGUUUCCAUUUAAUUUCUUUCAUUAAUCAAUUUAAGGACGAGAAUGAAGAUUUGAAUAACAUACUUAACAAUAGAUUGGAUAUGUUAACUUUUGAUAAGUUAUCACCUUUGCAUUUAACCAUUAUGAAUGAGCAUUUACAAACAUUGCAUUAUUUAUUAACCGAAUUUCCUGGAAACUAUUGGAUAAAUCAUCAAGGAGGAGAAUUGUUGCAAACGCCAUUGCAUUUUUGUUGCAGAUUUGGAUUCAUUGAAGGGUUAAAGCUUUUACUUGAGAAAGGAGCAGAUCACAAUAUUCUUGAUAAAAACAAGAAUAACUUAUUGCAUAUAUCAUUUGAAUUCGGGCAAUUUGAAUGUAUCAAAGUAUUCAUUAACUUCCUAUAUCAGAAGGAAAAUGGUGCCAAGCUUAUCAAAUCAUUUGAGAAUUCAAAGAAUGAAAGAGGUUGGUUACCAAUAGAAUUGAGUAAGAAUUUCAAAUUAACAAAGUUAUACAAGAGUUUCAAGUCAACAUUGUUAUCUUUGAGCAAUUCAUCAUCAUCUAUUGUUGACGAGAAUAUCAACAUUCCUGCUUAUAGCAAUUCGUCCUCGCUAUUCAACAAUGAUGAUGAAUUCAGUAUCAGUUCUAAUAGUCCAAAUAAGAUUCUUGCAUCACCUAUUAUGUCAGUGAAUGAAUUUAAAAGAGCUCAUUCACAAUCAUUACCAACACAGAUAGAACCACCUAUAAUAAGGCAAAGAGCAAACACGUCUAUUGAAAGGCCACCUAUUACUCCAACCUUACCUGUGACGCCAGUUUUGAAGAAAACUUCAUCAUUAAAAUCAUUGACAAUAUCACCUUCAAUAAGAUUGAAUACUGAAAAUGAUCAUAUUGAUUUAGAUUCGACAUCCUCAUCAACAACCACGACAACCAAUUCUUCUCCAAUCAAAGCUCAAUUCCCAAUGAUCAAGACAAAAUCGUUCAAACUAGUGGAAACACCAGAAUCUCCUUCAUCGAUAGCUGCAAAAAUUGCAUUCAGUUCAUCGAGAAAGAAUUCUGAUUCCAAAAGUUUAGCCAAUUCAAUCAACUCAAAGUCAAGAAGUAAUUCUGAUUCCAAGUCCGAAAGGGAUUUGAAGGAAUCAAAAAAUUCCUCUCCUAAAAAACAUAAGAAUUCAAUCAACUCAAUAAGUUUCAGUAGAAUUAGAUAG